UGUAGAAAGAUCUUUAUGUUUCCAAGUUUUUGUUUGAUAUUAUUAUUUUUUUUUCAAAAACGACCUCGGAUCUUUUGACUAUUAAAGUGUAUUAUUAAAAAUGAUUACAUACACAAACUUUGAUUUUUAUGUGUGCCAACAACGUUUGACAUUUCUGUAAAUUGUGUUUUUAUAUACGCGCAUUGCUCAUAUAGUGCUUGCACAUCAGCUGAUUUUUUCAAGUGUGAUCUCUCUCUCUCUGUCUCAAAGAGUUGUGUGUGCAAAUUUUCAAAGUUGGAGUUUUAUUUUUAGUGUUUGUGCGAUACAAUAAUGGUGCGAGUGUCUAUGUUAAAUCGUCGCUUUAUCGCGAAAUAUCGUUUGCCUUUUAAUUUAUUUUAAUUCAAAGGAUAUUUGUUUGUUUUGUUUUUUUUUUUUUUGUCCCAAAAGGCCUUUCGCGAACGCAUCGUCAUUCUCUCAGAAGGAAAUUUUUUUGGCAUCUUUUUGCAGACUUUCUUCAGACAAAAAAAAAGAGAGAAAAAAAAAUCAAGAACAAUGCAAAGAACAAAAGCUAAUAUUUUUCAUGAUAUUUAUAAUCAACCAUACAAUGAUUGCUCGAAAGUAAAACUUUAUUCGAGCACUAAAGCAAGUCUUCAAAUGAUUCAACGUAUGUCAUUGUUGAAAAGAUUAAAGGUACACGAUGGUUGUGUCAAUUCAAUUUGUUGGAAUAGUACCGGUGAUUUAAUUUUAUCUGGAAGUGAUGAUCAACAUUUGGUACUCACAAAUGCAUACACUUAUCAGGUAUUAACGGACUACAAAACUAGCCAUAGAGCAAAUAUAUUUAGUGCUAAGUUUUUGCCUAAUAGUAACGAUCAUCGGAUUGUAUCGUGUAGUGGCGAUGGAAUUAUUCUUUAUACAGAUUUAAUGAGGAGAACAGGAACAUUUCAAAAUCAAUUUAAUUGUCAUAGCGGCACUACUUAUGAAAUUGCUACAAUACAUGGUGAACCACACAAUUUUUUGAGUUGCGGUGAAGAUGGAACUGUAAGAUGGUUUGAUCUUCGAAUAAAAGACAAAUGUCACGAGCCAAGAUGUAAAGAGGAUGUUCUUAUUUCUUGCCAACGGGCAGUAACUGCUUUAUCAGUGAAUCCUGUAAUGCUUCAUCAAAUUGCAAUUGGUUGUUCAGAUAGUACGGUGAGAACCUUCGAUAGAAGAAUGCUUAGCACACAUGCUACUGGUUCCACAGAUAAUGGACUAACAUCGAGACCAUUGAGCAGUUUUACUGUACCUGAAUUUGAUGGAAAUUCUUAUAGAAUAACAUCAUUGAGUUACAGUCCUGAUGGUCAAGAUGUUCUUGUUAGUUAUAGCAGUGAUCAUCUUUAUUUAUUCAGUAUAAAGGAUCAAGGAAGUGUACAUUUUAAGAAAAAUAUGUCCCACGGUAAAAGUAAAGGGAAAAAGCAUCCUUUGAGAUCACCACAGCCAGUUCGACGUUUAAGAUUGCGUGGCGAUUGGUCUGAUACUGGACCAGAUGCACGUCCUGAACGUGAAGGUGGACGACGUAAUGGACCAGAAAUAGCACAGGCGAGGCCCGUUCUUCAUACAUCUUUGAUGCAGAGAAUGACUGACGUUCUCAGUAGAAUGCUAAACGAUCCAGCAACAAGAGCUGCCUUAAGUGGAGGAGGAGAAGAUAGUUUAGAAGGCGUUAUGGAACAGCAUGUUGAACAAAAUCAAAAUAGUACGGAAGCAAAUGCAGAGCCAAACGUUAAUAGAAGUAACGAAAGUGAAAAUGUUGAACGUGAACAAAGUAAUACAUUAAAUAUUACUACCGAACAAAGUGAAAAUCUACCCGUCAAUGAGAGUCAAAUAAAUGAUGAUUUAAGGAUAGAACCAGUUCAAACUUCCGAAAAUAUUCAAACACAAAUUGAAGCAAAACCAACGACGAGUAGUGCUUCAAGUAGCGAUGUAAAUUUAAGUGAAAAAAUAAAUAACAGCCGAGUUGAGGAGAAGCCAAAACAAGAGGAGAGUGCAUCAUCGAGUGCUGCCGAAUCAGCUGAGAGUCGACUUAGUAUUAAUGAGACGGUUCCAAUGGAAACUGAAUCUAGUCAAGGCGUACAGGAACAACAAUGUUGUCUUCAAUCGUUCAUAUCAAAUAAACGUCGAAUGAAUCAACUUUCAACAUUAAGUGAACAUAGUGCAGAUGUUGGUACUAGUCAUGAAGGAAGUAUUAUGGAAAAUCUUCAAGAUCGAUUGACAACAAUGAGAGAUGGAUUUCUUGAGAGGCACGGCAGUGAACCUGCAGUGAGUUUAACAUAUUCUGAUAAAAGUUCAACAAAUGCGACAAUUUCACUUGGAGUCGCAGACGAAGUGACUCGUGACUCUUAUCAUCCAGAACCAUCAGCGAGCGGAAAUAGUAGAGUGCAAUUAACUGAUGCUGGACCAAGUUGUUCGCGUGUCAAUCAAUCCAAUUUUAGCGAUAUUCGAGAAAGAACAGAUGAAGAUGUUUACAAUGACAGCGAUGAUGAAGAAAUGGAAUCGAAAAGAAGACUUGAUAAUGCAAUUGAAGUCGAAAUGGAUGAAGCAAUCGCGAAUGCCCGCGCGUCUCAAGGUGAAGAACAUUUUGAUGAAUCCUACAUAACGGAACUUCAUGUCAAGCAAAAAUACAUGGGACACCGUAAUGCAAGUUUCUUUAGGACUAUGAUCAAGGAAGCAAAUUUCUGGGGCGAUGAUUACGUCAUGUCCGGCAGUGAUUGUGGCCAUGUUUUCGUCUGGGAUAGAGAGACGGCAAAACUUUGUAUGUUACUUGAAGCCGAUCAACAUGUUGUCAAUUGUCUACAGCCACAUCCUUUUCUUCCAAUGCUCGCCACUUCGGGUAUUGACUAUGACGUCAAACUUUGGGCACCCAUUAAUGUUGAAACAAAUUUUGAUGAAACUUUUGCAGAUGAUUUGAAAAAAAGAAAUGCUGUUAUGUUGGAAGAAACCAAAGACACUAUUACAGUUCCUGCUGUAUUUAUGAUUAGAAUGUUAGCGUGUCUAAAUCAAAUACGCAGAGGUCGAGGUCGCAGAAGCAGAAGUAGCGACGAGACAGAUGAAAUUGGAGCCGGUUAAUGAUUUCUACAUUGAGAGAAACAUUAUUUGAUAUAACCAUAUACUAUAAUAUUGACUCAUUUGAAGGGCCCACUCAUUAAAAAAAAAAAAAAAAUCCUUUACUUUUCAAAUGCUCAAUAAGAAUUUUUUAAGUCUUCGUGAUGAACGCAUAGUUUACAUAGAAAAACGCCUAUAUUUUGUAAUAUCCAUUCGAAUGUGGAAUUUAAAUAUUCAGCUUGGAAUUGUUUUCAUAUCCAUCAGAAGUAGAAUAGAUUUUUAGAUGUUUUCUUUUUUCAAUUACACACGCUAAAAAAAAACCAAUAUAGAAAUUUCUUAUACGAAAAACAUAUUUUUAAAGAUAGAGCAGAUGUUAUGCUUCAAAUAACAAUAUUUGCUAUUUUUUUGUUUUCAUAUUUUUCAAUAUUAGUAAAACAAUAUUCAAGAAAUGAGAAUUUAAAAACAAAUUUAAAAAAGUAAAAUUUACUUAUUCCCAGUGAGAAUUCUAGUAGAAAAAAAAAAUAGCAUAAACAAAAUUGUAUUAAGUUAUUAUUAAUUUUUAUUAAUUAUUUUUUUCGCAUAAUAUUAUUUUCGUAAAUAUAUAUAUAUCACUUUUCGGUUCAGUUACCAAAAAUGAAAAAAUAUUUCUAAUUUCUUUUUUUUUCUUCCUUACAGAAAAAAAACUUGAAUUUUUUUUUUUGUUCAAGUUUUGCGCAUUUUUUUUUUUUAAUCCCGAUUUUUUUCAAAAAUGAUAAAAUUAUUCGACUGUUGAAUAUCAGAUCUUCCUAUUUGUAAAACUAUAUCCAAUUUUAAUACAAAGUACAUAUAUAUAUAUAAUAUAAAAAUUAUACAUUUUUUUUCGUGCAAUACCAAGCGAUAGAUUAAAAGGUUGUGAGAUAAUAAAUGACGAAUUUAUUAUUAUUUUUUUUUUUUUGUAAUUAAUUCUUUAGAGGUGGAUAUACUAAAAAUAAUAAUUGUCACACAGCUCUCUAAAAAAAAAAAUUCGAGACGUCUUUUUUUUAAUCACGUGUCGAAAUGUGUGCCUUAAAUUAUAUGUAAAUCAUUGUCAAAGUUUUGUGAAAUCUUUGAUAAUUUAAGUAAAAGGCAAAAAAAAAUGUUUAACUUUGCGUAACUAUUCAAAAAAAAAAAAAAAAAUCAAUUACAACCCAGUGUAAUAAGUGUAUUUCACCUCUGAAGGAUUUUUGAAUUGACUGUAGAUAGGCUAAUUAGAUUUUAAGCACAAGUUCCUUAAAAAGAAGAGUAACUUAAAAUUUCGAAUACAUAAAUUUAGGUUUUAGAUAAUAAUAAGAGUGUUUUGCCAAGAUGCUUUUCAAACGUACGUAUAUAAAUAUAAUGUGGAUACUUUUACAGAGCGAAAGUAUAUUGUAGGCAUUUUGUUAAUAAUAACAGGCUUCGAAGUAAAUUAAAUUGUCUUAUU